UUAAGAUGAUCACUUCACGAAAAAAAACAAACAAUUGUCAACCUACGUCGUGAUAGUAUUUGCCAAAAUGUUUAUCAAUUUUUAGUAAACUCUUUGUUCAAUAUUUUGGAAUAAUUUUAAUUUUUACUAAUAUUACUCAAUACACAUAACAUCCAACUUGACAAAAUAAUUCAAUCAUGGCAGCGGACGAGACAGCUGUACUUUUAAACAUUAGCGAUAUGAUAGACUUAGCGAUCGGAACUCCGGAGGUGGGAGUGGUGGACUUCAACAUGCUACAAACUGUUCUCCACUGUCUCGCCCAACAGCUACGAGUCCUUGGCAAGAACGUGGAACUGCGCGGCAGCGUGGCGACGCUACCUGUCGGCAGAGAAAAUAACCAGACAAUUGCCAUCAGCGAGUUCGUAGUGGACACAGAUGAUAAAGCUGCUGCAACGAAAACGGAGAUACAUCCUUCGCCUUCGGGAUCAGAACCCCCAACUAUAUUAGUUGUCGAACGAGUGAAAAAAACAGAUUCCCCUACUCGGAGUCCUCCUCGUGACCGGUCUCCUGGGCCACAACCACACGGCGCUGGUGCUGGUGGUGCCGCUGCCGGCGCUCCACAUGCGCUCUCUUCAACUGAAAGGCUGUCACUCGUCACUCUUAGCAAAUUUAAUCUGCUGGAAUCAGCCGUUGAGGACUUAAAGAAUCGUGUGUACGGCAGUAUGCCAAAGAAUGAAGAGAUCUUGGAAGAAGUCAGAUCACAAACUAACUUGAAAGCCAUCACCGACAUGUGGACAUCUUUAAAUGUCUCCUCUCGCUUGGAAGCGGCCGAAGCCGGUAUCUCUAAACUCAGUUCACUGGUUCAGGAUGUUAUUUCGGAAACUUCGGAACUACAGGAAGCUUUAAAGAAACGUAGCUCAAAAACCCAAGUCCAAACGACUGAAGCAACGGCCCCGACGGCGGCAGGUGGUACUGCUGGCGCAUCACCAGACUUGGCGCAAGUUCAAGCGAAUCUAGACCAACUACGCGCUGAUGUGGACCAGCUGUCCAACACUUUCUAUAGAACUAUGGCAGAAGCACAGGCCGGAUUUGAACAACAUACAUCAGCCACUCCUGAAGCCCCCGGGGCUGCUGAAGCGGUUGGGACAACAGAAGCAUCAACAGAUGGCCCACCUCCGGAACAUGUUCAAAGACAUGCAGGGUCAAGCGCUCUUAACGACAGAAUAAAUGCCCUAGAGAAACGGAUGAGGGAGUGUUGUGACAAGAUUGGCGCUGUGGAUGGCGUCAUGCAAGAUAACAUAAACUCCUUCCAAGAUCAACUCGAACACAUGAUGAAGCAAGUAGCAACUUUGGAAUCAGGCGGUGCUGCCAAAAUGACCCCAGAUGUUAUUAAAGAUUUACAAGGCUUAAUGCAGCUCUUCCAGACUGUCCAAGAAAUGCAAGACCAACUAAAACAGGUUCACGAGACAGCACUCCAGUUGGCGGCAGAAAAAGAAGAUCGUCAGAUCCAUGUCAAUGCUCUUCUAGAACAAAUCGAGCUACUGAAAACGGUUAAACUGGAUCGAGAAGACAUGGUUGAAGCAAUGGCUGACAAAGCAGACCUGCGCAUGCUGGCGCGUAAAGUGUCACACGAUCAAUUCGAACUUGCUUGUGACGAUUUAUCCAGAGGUUUGGAACAUGCACUUGGAAAACUUAAUAUGCAGGAAGCCUUGUGGCAACAAGCUUUAGACGACAUUCAGCGAGAAAUCGAAACCAAAUUAGACAAGAUGGAACUAUCUCCGGUGAAAGACUUCUUCAAUAACAAAUUAAAACAACUACAAGAAAAUCUGAAACAAAUGUCUUCCUUGCGACGGGAAGCUGAAGCGGCGGGAACUAAAAGACGAUUAUUAAGAGACGUGAAUUGCAUAUCAUGCGAUGCGAAAGCUGUAAUGCCUAUGGAAGCUCCCUCAUCUGUGCCUGUCAGUAAGCCCAUGCCCGCCACACUCUCCAUGAAACCAUAUCUUAGCUACGAGCUUGAUGCAAUUCGCAAAACACAAGCAAGUAAUAUACCUCAACGUAACAUGCGCGACUGGGAAACUAUAGACAAACAAGCAAAUAAACUACCGGCCAAAACUAAAUCUGACACGGACAAACAUCUUUGCAACCGUUACUGCGGCGGUUCUCACACGGUGACCACUCCGGCGCAACGCGUCGCGCGUCUGGGACACUUUAUAAAACAGUGGGGGCCGGACGUGCUAUCGUUGUCCUCAGGGUUGGCGACUGGUGAUGAUGGAAGGAUGUAUAAAGUAACCGCCACGGAAGCUGCUAAUGUCGGUCCAGGUGGCGCUGUAGACGCGACAUGCACUCCAAAGACGCCGGUGAAAAAGGUUGAAUCACCCAAACCACCACCCCCGAAGCCUAUUCCCAUAGUCACCGAAUGUCGCUGUCUCGAAGGUGAUCAGCCACAGAAGUGACCCAGUUAGACAAUGGAACAUUAUUUCUUACUCAAUUUGCUUUUGCUUUGAAUGAUAAUCAAUUUCUAUGUUAAAAAAUAACGGAUAUCUAAAAAUAAAUGUGUAAAAGGAGCGAAAAAUAAAAAUGACAAAACCACACC